ACGCCUCCUCGCGUCUUGGCUCACGUUGGUUGUCUGCGCGCCUGGCGGCUCUGCUGCAGUCAUGGCUGAUGAGAUCAGCAAAGCCCAGACAGCUCGGCCCGGUGGAGAUACGAUCUUUGGGAAAAUCAUCCGCAAGGAAAUCCCGGCUAAAAUCAUCUAUGAGGAUGAGCAAUGCAUUGCUUUCCAUGAUAUCGCACCUCAAGCCCCCACCCAUUUCCUAGUGGUGCCUAAGAAGGUUAUUACCCACUUAUCUGAGGCAGAUGCUGCUGAUGAAGCUCUUCUCGGACAUCUGAUGAUAGUUGGCAAGAAAUGUGCUGCUGAUUUGGGGCUGACCAAUGGCUAUCGUCUGGUUCUAAAUGAGGGACCACAUGGUGGGCAAUCAGUGUACCACGUGCAUCUGCAUGUUCUAGGAGGACGUCAACUGGGCUGGCCUCCGGGCUAAUAACCUACAGUUAUAGCCUGUCCUAGUAGAUUAAAUGCAUUGUUUAAAUAAGACUCUUGUGCAUGAUUAGGUAAUGCAGACAAGAUGAACUUGAGCUGUUUUACGUGAAGGAGUUGUGGAAAAAAAAUAAAAAAAGUUUGCUUCUUCAAUCUAUGUUUAAUUGGAAUUAAUGCUUUAAUGUCCUACAUUUUCCUAAAUCACUACACGGUUGAGUUUCAUUAAAAUUGCUAAAUUG